GACACGGAGCGGGGGGAGCUUGCUGCCAAGUACUGGAACAGCCAGAAGGACUGGCUGGAGUACAACCGGGGCGCAAUGGACAAGUGCCGAUACAACUACGGGGUGGCUGAGCAAGCCCACGUGGUCGGCCGCAGAGUCAAGCCCGAGGUGAAAGUCUCCCCAACAAAAUCAGGGGCCCAGGCACACCCAGACACACUGAUUUGCUCCGUGGCGGGGUUUUACCCUGGCGGGAUCGAGGUGAAGUGGUUGAAGAACGGGCAGGAGCAGACGGCCGGAGUGGUGUCCACGGAGCUGAUGCAGAACGCAGACUGGACCUUCCAGAUCCUGGUGAUGCUGGAAAUGACCCCCCGGAGCGGGGACGUCUACACCUGCCAGGUGGAGCACAGCAGCCUGCCGGGCCCUGUCACUGUGCUCUGGGAGGCGCAGUCAGACUCGGCCAGGAGCAAGAUGCUGACGGGGGUCGGGGGCUUUGUGCUGGGGCUGAUCUUCCUGGCGCUGGGACUCCUCGUCUACCUGAGGAACAAGAAAGGCCGCCCCGUUCCCCAGCCAACAGCGCUCCUCAGUUAGAUCCUGCAGCUUCGGGGCCUGCAUUGCCCAGCGUGAUUCUCCAGCCCCGUCUCCUGGCACCUGUCCCUGUGUCUGGAGCUCUUCUCACUUUCCCUCCAUCCUCACAUGGACCCCCAGGGCUGACUC